AUGUCCCUCAUAUCGGUUAGGCGAGCUCAUUUGCCAAGACAAACACCAGAUCCAAGCGGCGACGAGUCGCCGUCCAGCCCACAACCAACAGAUAGCUCAAUAGCAAGCGACCCUACAGUCCAGCAGCCUACAGAGAGCCAAACUACAACAGUCCAAGUGAGCACUCAGGUAGACGCUAGUUCUGCCAUGGCUAGCAGUGAUUCCCUUCCGCCGCUCACGGUGAGACAGGACUCUACGACAGCUUCUUCAGCAGGUCCGAACGAACCCACUGGCGCAGUGGAGAGCACGACUCCACCAACGUCGAAUGCGAGUACGCCUUCCUCGGAGCCGCCUCCCACUACAUCAAGUUCAUCUCCAACUACCUCGGUACCACCCACAGAUCCUCCGACUUCCCAACCGACUUUGCCGCCGUCGUCGACCCCUACUUCUGAACCGACCGCCCCUCCGACUUCUACCCCCGAGUCUACAAGCUCCCAGCCCCAGCCAUCGACAGAACCUCCGUCAACGUCAGAUCCCCCGCCGUCAACAUCAAGCGACCUACCUCAGACCUCGCAACCAAAUGAUCCGACAACUACCUUCUCGUCUGCACCGACCUCCUCAGACAACGAUAUUGUCCCGACUUCUUCAAUGCCCGAAUCUGUCUUCACAACGGAGAUCGCUACAACGGUGGAUGGCCAGCUGACAACGAUCACGAGCACGCUCCCCACGUCUCUCUGGUCCCCAGCCCCAUCUUCUACACGCGCCACACCUUCGCUAAUAGCGGGUGUCUCCGUUGGCGCCGCUGUCCUCGCCUUGAUCAUCAUUGGCGGAAUCUUCGCUUACCGUCGCAACCACCGCAAGCGAGUCAUUUUCGGCUUUGUAGAGAAGCUAGUAGCCAAACGCAAGCACCAGCAAAAUCGCGCCAGAUUGCUGGAGGGUGAGGACUUUGGGGAUGAAGACGUAGAGGACGUUGCUAUGACGCCGUAUAGGGAUCGGGAUGGGGCGCAUUCGAGACUGAGUAGCGUGACAGGGGGCAUGCCUAUGGAGGUUCAUUCUCGCGGUAUGAGUGCGAGCGGGGCAUUAGGUGAUUUCGGCAUAAUUGGUGGGCGAGAUUCACCUGCAUCUACGCUCUCCGCAAGAGGCGCUUCCUCACCUUCCCUCUUUCGCGCUCGGGCGGAGAGCGGGAGUUUGUUCCGAGAGGAGGGCGUCUGGCCACCUCCGGGUGAAGAGAGUCGCAUCGUCGAUCCGUUUGCCAGAGGGAUGGGUGCCGGCGAGAGCCUGUUGCCUAGCUCAACGGCGUACAGCGGCAUCCCGUCCCCAUCAACUGGACCUGCUCAUACACCCGCCGCCACAAGAUCCAGCUCCCCUGGCAUCGCUGAAAUAGGCGUCGGAGCAGCAGCUCCCUCCAUCUCUACCGCGCCUCCUUCUCCGCCCGUCACGAAGGGUCCCUUCGCAUUCAUCGCUAACCUCACGCGUAGGACGGAAACUCCACCACCUGCGUAUCGCUCAUCACCUCUCUCUAACGCAGACGCCGAAUCUUCGAUGCCACUUCUAACAGCUGCACCUGUACCCGCACUACCUCCUCCUUCCCAUUCUCCGAGUUUAUCGGCUUUAAUAGCUGCGACGGAGAUCCCUAUGCAGACGUCCAUUCUAUCAUCGCAAUCAACAUUACCGACCGUAAGACCUGUAGAAUCCGACACCCCAACCGUCGUCGGGUCAUCAACAUCCACCGGCUUACCUCCCGGCGCUGCCGCACCUCGUGCUCCCGGUACGAUGUCCACAAGCCCGCCCCCGGAAGCAACCUCGUUUAACCCUGAUGAUAUGGCUCUACCGUCGUCCCCGUCGCCCACAUAUCUAUCAUCCUCACCGCCCUCACCCCAGGCCCCAUCGAGGCUGAAUAGAUUAAGCAACAUCAGCAGCGGCAGCGUGAACGCUGACGGGUCUCCCAAAAAUUGGCUGGAAAGGGCCGUACACCCCCGCCGAUGA